ACAGUUCUCUGGUGAUGUGUAUGUGUGAUAAAACGUACGAGCAGUGCGCGUCUGCUUGUGGUAAUAUUUUUUCCUGUUGGGGUAAGAGUUCACCUGGAGGAACACCAUUUCUGAUUUUUUCCUCUGGGGGUAAGACGAGUGACAAAAAAAUCACCUCAUUAACAACAUUCACAAUUUGAAGACGGUCCCACUGUCGACACAUUCAUCUGUGUAACUAAACCUCAACAUCACCAGCAAGAUCAGAUGCAAGGAGAUCAACACUGACUCAUCUGUAAACCUAAGCAUCAAUCAGCAUCAGGUACUCUUAACAUGCAGAUAGAGACCGAGCUCUCGACGCGCCUAUGAAACCUAACCAAAAUAAACAGCCUCCUGUAUAGGCCUGUUAACAAGUUACGAUGAUGAAGGAAGACGAUAUAGUUAAUUAGAAAACAAAGAUAAGAGGUAAAUACACGUGGAGAAGCUGAUCAAGUGAAGAGCGAGGAAAGGAAGGGCGAACGAAGCAAAGAAGAGAGGAAAAGAAAAUAUAUAUUGGUCAAUAUGUCUCGUAUCGAGUCGUUCAACAUGACGGUCGGUUACAACCCCGUUAAACCAGGUGACGUCGGUGAGGAGUUCUGGAACCUCCAAGACCCCAACAGGAGUCGCAGGAUCCCGUUGGCGCUGUUAAGGGAUCGCAUCCUGCAGACCAAGGACGCUGAUAGCAUCCCCAACGCCCUGGUGGUGCAGAUCCUCCGUCAGGCAGACAAGAACCGGGAUGGUUACUUAGACUACGACGAGUACAUGCGUUAUGCAGAAGCAUCAGCAGAGUACUCUAGGUCGCGACACGCAUUUAACACAGCAGCUCUCAGUGUCAUCCCACGGAAAGAGAGGACCGCAGUGACCAGGACCUACCUGCAGGAGUACAAGUGCUGUCCACCAGCGCUCUUCAUGGUCACAACCACACUCAUCGAG